CCCAAAAUCCCAAAAACAGUAUCAUCGUGCUCAACAGCUGGUUCCAAUAAGGCAGAGAGAGUUGCACCCACUCCCAUCCCAGCUAUGGCCUUCUCCAUCAGCUAACGCACACACUCCCCGCCCUCUCUCUGUCACACCCAAUCAGAAAUGGAUCCGAUGCCCAACACCCGCCGGACCCGAAAAAUCCCACCUAAACCCGAACUCUACUCCACCGUUGUCAUCCACGAAGAUGACGAUUCCAACUCCGAAUCCGAUCGAGACCAAAGGCAGCGGCGGAGCAAGCCCAAGAGCUCCGACCCGGAACCCGACCUCUACGCCACAAUGGUCUACAAGGGCAAUGCUCGAGACGACGAAGACGAAGACGAAGACGACGACGCUUCACUCCCUCCGCUCCUCAAACGCCUUCCCAAAGACUUCGGCGGCGGAGCCUCAAUCGAUUACUUCGACGACGAGGAGGACGAAAAUGGCGGCGAUUUCGGCACUAUGAUCAUCAAGCCCGAUCGCAAUCGGACCACGAGGGGGUCACGUGACUUCAAGCGAGGCUCCAUCGACGAUGACGGAGAUGGCGAUGGGUUCUCCACUUUUGUGGUCAGGUCGUCGAGCGAGAGAGAGUCGAUAAGUGGGACCGUGGUGAGAAGGACGAGCAGCGGCGCUGGUUCGACGAUGAGUAGGGCGGUGGCGAGCAUGCAGGCCUCGUCGGAGUUAGGGUUUGGGAAGCAGAGGAGGGGCAGUGGAUCCUCGCAAGGCGAAGAGUAUCGCCAAACCACUAAAAUGUCGUCGAGUUCCAUACCCGAUAGCGUUACCAGAGAAGACCCCACAGUAAAGUACGAGUUGCUCAAUGAACUUGGGAAGGGGUCUUAUGGCGCGGUUUAUAAAGCUAGGGAUAUAAAGACUUCGGAGCUCGUGGCGAUCAAAGUCAUUUCCUUGUCUCAAGGGGAGGAGGGGUAUGAAGAAAUUUGUGGUGAAAUUGAGAUGCUGCAGCAAUGCAAUCACCCUAAUGUUGUUCGGUACCUGGGGAGCUACCAAGGAGAAGAGUAUCUUUGGAUUGUGAUGGAGUACUGUGGUGGUGGAAGUGUUGCAGACUUGAUGAAUGUUACCGAGGAUGCUUUGGAGGAGUACCAAAUAGCCUACAUUUGUAGGGAGGCAUUGAAGGUUUGAUCAACUUUGAAUGGAUUAAAUUAUUUUCUGUCUAUUUCAUAUGCUGUUCACAGAGAUAUAAAGGGUGGUAAUAUUCUGUUAACUGAACAAGGAGAUGUGAAGUUGGGUGAUUUUGGGGUUGCAGCACAGCUAACAAGAACCAUGUCCAAGCGCAACACGUUCAUUGGCACUCCACAUUGGAUGGCUCCAGAAGUUAUUCAGGAAAGCCGCUAUGAUGGAAAGGUGGAUGUAUGGGCUCUUGGUGUUUCUGCAAUUGAAAUGGCAGAGGGGCUCCCUCCAAGAUCUUCUGUGCAUCCAAUGAGGGUUUUAUUCAUGAUAUCCCUUGAGCCAGCCCCGAUGCUUGAGGAUAAAGAAAAAUGGUCUCUUGUGUUUCAUGAUUUUGUGGCGAAGUGCCUCACAAAAGAACCUCGUCUACGUCCUACUGCAUCUGAGAUGCUGAAGCACAAAUUCAUCGAAAAAUGCAAGUGUGGUCCCUCUGCAAUGCUGGCAAAGAUUGAAAAAGCAAGGCAAAUUAGAGCUUCCAUGGCUUUGCAAGCACAAAGUGUUGCUCCAGUUGAACCGGAUGAUAGCACACUUGUAGUUUCAAAAGUCAAUGAGGAUUAUGGAGAUACGGUUCCUUCAAGGCCUAAUAAUCAAGUGGAAAAUGAAGUAUCUACAGCUAGCACGUUGAGGAAGCAGCACAUAUCUGGUGAUGCAGGACUAGCUGGGGAAGGUAAUUUUGGCACUGUAAUAAUUCACGGUGGAGAUGAAAGAGAUGAGACUGCUAAUCAGACACAAAGUUUUAAUGUCAAAGAACCUGCAGCUGGUCCAGGAUUUCUUGAAAACCCUUCCAAUACUGGCACAGGAGGUAAACCAGCUGAACCCAGGGUGGAAAAUGCAAGAGGUGUUUCCCCACAUAGCAUUUCGGUUGGAGAACCAUAUUCAGUUACACAGACCAUACAGGCAUCUUCUCGUUCAAUUCUUGGCUCUUCUGAGCAGAACCUAAAGACAAAAGGACAGGUUGAAGGUCAAAGCAGUGGCACAUUGAAGAAUGAAACUGUCAACCGGAAAGCUUUUGCAAUGCAAGAUAAGCUUUGGUCCAUAUAUGCGGCUGGUAAUACAGUGCCUAUUCCAUUUUUGAGGGCAACGGAUAUAUCCCCCAUUGCUCUCUUAUCAGAUAAUGUUCUUGGAGGCAUGCAUGAGGAAAAUAAUGGAAGUGUAGCCGUGGAGGCUCUACAGGAGCUUUUUACUGGUGAUGGACAGUCUAAAAAGGGACGAAGAGGGCAAAAUGAGAUGCCCCUCCCUCCAAGUGUUUACAAAAGGCUCUUUACAAGUUCAACUCUAAUGAAUCUCGCACAGGCUUUAGCCUACCACAAGAUGUGCUACGAAGAUAUGCCGCUCCAAGAGUUGCAAGCAACUCAGGAACAACAGACGAUUCAAAAUCUUUGUGAUACACUACGAACCAUUCUUAGAUUGUAGGAAAAUGUAGGCUGCCAGACUGUAAUUUUCUUUCUUUUGAUGAUCUAUAUGUUAAAAGGGUAGAUUCUAUCAAAAAAGAAAAAGAGGCUAGAUAAACUGAACUACAAGGGAGAAGAGGAGCUGUGCGGUUGACAAUGGGUAGGUAGUCUGUAGUUGUUGUGGUCUGCCUUGUACGAUGCUGCGGCUUCACUUUGAUGCGUAUGCCGUCUUUUCUUUUCUUUUCUUUUUCAUAAAUAACUUGUAUCAAGUAAAUAACUUUCCUUGUAAAUCACAUGAAUAAUCUUGUGGAAAUGAAAAUUAUUAAAGGUU